GCCGUCAGACAGAAGAUCAAGAGAGCUCUCAGCAUGCACGACAAGGAGACCNAACUUCGACGACCAUGAGGACUUCGACGAGGAGACUACUGGUCACCUUCACAAGCAGCUCGAAGAGGCUGAAGCCGAAGACUCCAAGUACCCCCAGGGCAGACCUGGCUCCUUCCUCAAUCGUCUCAUCUCACACGGCAACAAGAAGACCGAAGACCAGAUCGCUGCCGAAAUUGCCGCUGGUCCUCAAGCUUCCUCCACUGGUGCUCACCAGCAGCAUCCAGCUGCCGUUCAGGUCGACAGCACUACCGCUCCUAAGCCUGCACACUCAU